CCGCCCUCCCCCUCCUCCCGCCUGUCGUCUGGUAGCCGCCGGCACCAGAGCUGCCGCUGCGGGGCGUGGUGUCGGUGGGUCGGUUGGUUUGUCGCUUGACUGCCCGUCAUGGCUGAGUUAGAUCCGUUUGGCGCCCCCGCCGGCGGCCCCGCUCUGGGGAACGGGGUGGCUGGUGCCGGCGAAGAAGACCCGGCCGCGGCCUUCUUGGCGCAGCAGGAGAGCGAAAUUGCGGGCAUCGAGAACGACGAGGCCUUCGCCAUCCUGGACGGCGGCGCCCCUGGGCCCCAGCCGCACGGAGAGCCGCCGGGGGGUCCGGAUGCUGUUGAUGGUGUGAUGAAUGGCGAAUACUACCAGGAGAGUAAUGGUCCAACAGACAGUUAUGCAGCUAUUUCACAAGUGGAUCGAUUGCAGUCAGAGCCUGAAAGUAUCCGUAAAUGGAGAGAAGAGCAGAUGGAGCGCUUGGAAGCCCUUGAUGCCAAUUCUCGGAAGCAAGAAGCAGAGUGGAAGGAAAAAGCAAUAAGGGAGCUGGAAGAGUGGUAUGCAAGGCAGGACGAGCAGUUACAGAAAACAAAAGCAAACAACAGGGUGGCAGACGAAGCUUUCUACAAACAACCCUUCGCUGACGUGAUUGGUUAUGUCACAAACAUAAACCAUCCUUGCUACAGCCUAGAACAGGCAGCAGAAGAAGCCUUUGUAAACGACAUUGAUGAGUCGUCCCCAGGCACUGAGUGGGAACGGGUGGCCCGGCUGUGUGACUUUAACCCCAAGUCCAGCAAGCAGGCCAAAGACAUCUCCCGCAUGCGCUCUGUGCUCAUCUCUCUCAAGCAGGCCCCCCUGGUGCACUGAAGAGUGUCCCUAUGGAAACACGACACCUGCAAUAUUUCAGUCCUACUCAGUGAAGCUCUUCACAGUAAUUGGAUUAAUUACGUUGAGUUCUAUUGGACCAAAUCUUUUGUCUUAAGAGUUGAUCACUGUUUGUGAUUGCAUGUUUCCUUCAACUGUGUUCUCCCUGGCACUCAGAGAGGAGGAAGGGAGGGGAGCCUCCCAACAGUAGCCUCAACCUGUGCAUUGUUCUGAGAAUAAAUUUCUGUUUCAAACAAUAA